GUGCGUGCCUACGUGCGUGCGUGAGAGGGAGAUAGAGAGAGAAAGAGAGAGCGUCCACACAGGGAGAGAGAGAGAGAAAGAGAGACAGGGGGAGUAAGCAACUUUGUUACCAGGCAUAGCUGUGUCUCCUCCGGCGCAGCGUGGCUAAAAGAGAAGCAUUUGGCAGUUAUGGUUGAUCAGCGAUUCUUGCAUCCUCUCCGGUGCGUUAGAGAAGUAUGCGAACGCGCUCGCGUUAAAUAGAUCCUGUUUCCUCUUUCGCCUUCACGGAUUAAGAGAUGAGAGACGCGCCGAAACACCUAACGAGCCUACAUCUUCAUCAAUGUGCGUGAGAUGACAUUGAGGAUUUCUUAGCCGGACUGUGAGCUUGGCCAUCAUUUUCGCAGGAAAAUGCAUCUUUGGAUUACGUUUGUUUUGCUAAGUGCAACGUCAGUGUGCACUGUGGAGAUGUUUGGCAGCUAUGGAGAGAUUUGUCAAAGACUGUGUGCCUGUGAGGAGAGAGAGGGGAUACUGACAGUGAGCUGUGAAAACAGAGGAAUUGAAAGUCUCUCAGACAUAAGCCCAGUGUACUUCCCCCAGUAUCAUCUGCUGCUUACAGGGAACAGGCUGAAAAAGCUGUCUGCCAAUGAUUUUGUCGACUACAAAGGACUUACAAUACUACAUCUUGGAAAUAACGACAUAUUUGAGGUUGAAGCAGGAGCUUUUAAUGGACUUCAGGGAUUAAAACGAUUACAUCUCAACAAUAACAAAAUCGAUGCCUUGAGGGAAGAGUUUUUCUUCGGACUUGAAAGUCUGGAGUAUCUUCAAAUUGAUUAUAAUUCUAUCACUCAUGUGGCGACUAAUGCCUUCAGCAGACUUCGACAACUGGAGGUCCUGAUCCUAAAUGACAACUUAAUAUCGACUCUGCCUGUGAACAUUUUCCAGUAUGUGCCGUUGACUCAUUUGGACUUGCGGGGGAAUCAACUGAAAGUGCUUCCAUACUCGGGUCUGCUGGAGCACAUGAACAGUGUCGUGGAGCUGCAGCUGGAGGAGAACCCAUGGAACUGCUCCUGCGAGUUAAUUGCUCUGAAAACCUGGCUGGAGAGCAUUUCUUACACAGCUUUGGUCGGCGAUGUUGUUUGCGAGUUCCCUUUCCGGCUUCAUGGGAGAGAUCUCGAUGAGGUAUCAAAACAGGAGUUAUGCCCGAGGAGAGCCAUCGCUGAAUACGAGAUGCCACCACUGCCACAUCUGAGCACCGAUGCAUACCAUAGGACACCGCCAUCUUUAGUCACGGCUUCCUUAACCUCAUCUGGGAUUGCACGGUCCUCAUCAAGACCCACAAAGGGACCACGCCAGUCAGGAAAAUUAAAAUCAAGACCGACUGCUCGUAGCCCGUCGAACAAACCACAAAAUUAUGGCCAGAUCAUUUCAUAUCAAACCAAAUCCCCUGUGCCUUUAGACUGUCCAGCUGCCUGUACCUGCAAUCUCCAAAUUUCAGAUCUAGGUUUGAAUGUGAACUGUCAGGAGCGGAAGAUUGAGCAUAUCUCUGACUUAGAACCCAAACCUUAUAAUCCCAAAAAGAUGUACCUUACAGGGAAUUACAUCCCGGUGGUUCGUCGGUCAGAUUUCAUUGAGGCAACUGGAUUAGAUUUGCUUCAUCUUGGUAACAAUCGGAUUUCUCGGAUCCACGACAGAGCUUUUGGUGAUUUGACACAUUUAAGGAGACUUUACCUAAACGGGAAUCUGAUCGACCAUCUUACAGCUGGUAUGUUCUACGGUUUGGAGAGCCUGCAGUUCCUAUAUUUAGAAUACAACGUCAUUAAAGAGGUUACUGCUGACACCUUUCAGAAUGUGCCCAAACUUCAGCUUCUUUUUCUGAACAACAACCUUUUAAAAACACUUCCAGUAGGAUCAUUUAUUGGCCUGACGUUAGCCAGACUAAAUCUUCGGAACAACCAUCUGAGGUAUCUGCCGGUUAGUGGGGUCUUAGAUCAGCUUACAGCCCUGGUGCAGGUCGAUUUGUACGAGAAUCCUUGGGAUUGCUCUUGCAGCAUACUGGAGCUGAAGAUGUGGCUUGAGCAGCUUAGCACAGGCACAGUUGUAAACAAUGUCAUCUGUGGCUCCCCUAAGAAGCUAGCUGGGGAGGAUAUGAGAUACAUCAAGACAGCUAAUUUCUGCCCUAAUAACUCUGAUGUACUUGCCUCCAUGAUCCCACCCUCAGAAGAAUCUUUUCCUGGCAGCACUAUCACCAUAGAAACAUCCUUGGACUCAGACACACAAUACAGCACCAUCCCUUUAUCUGUGAUGAUUCUUGCCCUUCUCCUCAUGUUCAUUGUGUCCGUGUUUGUGGCUGCGGGAAUGUUCGUGGCAAUGAAAAAGAGACGACAAAAGAGUCAAAACAAGCAUAAUAACUCGAUGAAUGCUUGCAUCAGCUCACUUAACAUUGAGUAUGGCCUCUACAAAAAGGGAGCCAUUCCCAAAGUCAGGACAUCUGCUGGGCAUGUAUAUGAGUACAUCCCACCUCCUGCAGACUCCACAUGUAGAACUGCUGCCCACACCCCCACAAGCAGCAAGUCCGUGGAUGGACUCAGAGACUUCGACGAGUUGAGCGGCCCUUUUCUGAGUAACUUGGAUGAAGAGGCAGCCAGUAAUGUGAUAAGCUCAGAAUACAGUGCCGCUACUCCAGAGCCUCUUAAUAAGCCCUCCACCCCCCACCAAGAUGAUCUGUGUUACUACAGGGACGUACUAGAGCCUGACAAGCACACACGCUACAGCAAUACAUUACCAUGCAAGCAUACGGCGCCCUCGUCGAGUCAGUAUACCUCAGACUUUGAUGCAAGGCAUCAGUAUGUCCCCCCGGACAGAGUGCAACAGACAAUACUGUAUUGUACAGCACCAAGUACUGUAUAUGUGGAGCCCAACAGGAGUGAGUACUGGGAACUGAAAGCAAAGCUUCACAUUGAUCCAGAUUAUCUUGAGGUUCUAGAAAAACGAACAACUUUUACACAGUUUUGAAAGACUGAGCCACAGGAUGGCCUGCAUGGAUGCACUGAUGUAAUGUGUCCAUCUUAAUCAGGAAACAGACCAUGUUGAAACAGACUCUGAGAGCUGCAGUUUGCAUUUCUUAGUAUCACGCCAUACAGGAUUGAAUAUUAAAGUGGAACACUACUCAUCGGAGAAUCACUUAACCCUUGAUCCCUGUGGUGUUACACAGUGUGUUUGAAUUCUGUAAAUAUGAACAAGCAACCAGAGAUUCAGGGCUCUUCUGACUCACCGCGCCAUAAAAAUACACCCUGAGGCUGCGUCAUUGACAAUAAUGAGAGUCAGAGAUUUCACCUCAGAUUAGCUACAGUCCAUGGGUGUUAAUGAAUCGAGCAUAUCUCCUCUAAUCCCAAAAUAAAUCAGGAUUUUCUUACAGUUAUAUUUUCUCCUAGUUCUGUCUUUUCAGAUUUAUUCAAACCGAAACUCAUACAUGAGACUAAAUUGAAUUAAUUCCGCAACUUGAACCUUGGUGUAGGUGUUUAAAAAAAAAGGUCACGUGGCCUUCACAUCUGUUUUGGAAAGUGUGCAUCAGUGAAAAAUGACAGAUUUAGUGAGGUGGUUUGUCUCCCAGAAUGCACAGCUCUGGGAUGAUCAUAUUAAAUGCAUGAGGUUAUAAAAUGAAUUUGGAUGUAAUACCAUAAAUCAUAGAUUAUGAAGCCAGUAAAUCUCUGCUCUCUCUCUCUUGUAUGCAGAUUUUGGGGAGAAUAACUCAUGUAUCCUGCAACUAAACUGACCCAGUGCUCAAACUGUAAUCUGGUGGUUGUGGUGAAACUGCAGAGCCUCCCCCAACUCCCAAACCACUGCACUUGUGGAUUGUGGACACAUAUUGCACUUUUAUUGAGUUAAAUAUUUAUGUAUUGAAACUGUACUCCGAAAUGUAACUAAGACACUAUAAUCCCCACUGUGUCCAGAUGGAUUGCAACUGAAGCAGGGUUAGAUGCAGGUCUAUAUCAUUAGUCACAAAUUGGUCACACAGCUUGAAAACAUGUUGUUGAAAACUGGUGAAAUGGUCCUUUUUUUUGCACCACAACCAAAGCUCUUGAGACAUAAAGAUCAGAUAAUAAUAUAUGCAAAAUUUGACCCUCAGAUGAAACACAUUAAAGCACAUUGUGCUUUAAUUUUUUCUACCUUUACAUCCUCUUAAUCAUUUGUUUUCAAAUGCCCUCACUUAUUGUCCCAGUUGCAAUGCAUUUGAGUAGAUGUGCAAUAUAACAAGAGUCUAUAUUACAUCCCCAUAUACCCAUAACAACUCAAAUCUGUCCACAUGAUACAUUUUAAAUCACUAUUUUUAUACAAAUAUGUCUUUUAUUUCAGUUUUUCUGUUACGACAAAUGCACUAUUGACUUCUCCAGGUCAACAAUGAUGUCACUUUCUGAAAUGCACCGUAUGGAAACACAGGCACAUAGCCAUAAAAGUAGGUUUGAUAACCGCAUAUAUCAAAGUUACACAUGCUACAGAAUCUAGCACUAUGCAUAGAUAAAGAGUUAACAUGGACAAUCUGUACAAAAGCCAACAGUUCAUCCCUGUCUGUCACUAUUCAUAAUGCUCAUAAAUAAGGUAUUUUAUGAUGUGAUCACAACCCAUAACUGCUUAUUAGAGGUGGAACUUUCAGAGGUACUUUGUACCUAAUUAAGGAUGUUUUUUAAUUUUUCUAAAGCUUCAUAUGUUUGAAAUAACAGCCGCUUUAAGGGGAACUGAGUGGAUUCAUGUGUAUUGCAUAAGAGUGAUAAACACUGUCUCAUUAGCUGGCUUUGUUUGUUUCAUCUAUUUGGCGUGGGUAUGAAAUGUUUGAAGUGUGGCAACUUCACUGCAAUCAGCAAGUCUCACUUUCUCCCUUUUAAGUCUGAGGUUGAUGGGUAAUGUAACAAAAGGUGCAAAAGGUCUUUAUCAGCUUUCGCUGUUACAUGAAAAGCACAACGAAUGAAUGCUGUAGUUGAAUGAAUAGAGUGGUUUUUAUGCAUAAAUAUGUUCUAUGCUCUAUACUAAUCCUAACACAUCAUCCAGCCAUAAUGCAGUCUGAACAAUUUCUGGGUCAAUAGUGUAAGCCCAGAGAUCUGACUUCCCUUCAGAGUUUAAUACACAGAGUAAAUGCACAUCAUAUGCAGUAUUAUGCACUAAACCUGUCAUCUUAAGUCAGCUAAUUAGAGGAUACGGUGCAUCUGGAUCCUGUCUGCAUGUCAUCAUGUAUUACACUGCAGUAUUAGUCAUUCUUUUUACCCAGAAUGCAGGCAGGGUUCUUGCCUUUUACAUGUUCAGAGUCAUUUUGUGAUUAUUUUGUCACUUGACCUGUGACCGCUCUUCGGGAAGUCAUCAGAACAAAUGAAACAACACUAUAUGUGAAGGGGUUUCUUGUGGUAAACAGGAUGUUGCUGUGAAAUCAACGGUGGAAACAGGAAACACUUAAGCCUAAACGCAUGCACAGAUGGAAACACCUAAAAUGUUUUUAAUGUAAACAGUGGCCAAAUUUGUGUUAAUCAUUUCAGUUCUAAGCUGAUAUAGGUUUUAAAUUUUGUACAGCCAAUUCAACAAAUUAGAAGAUAACACGUCACAGCAAGGCGAAUAAAUGAGUUUGCCUGGGGACAAAAAGCCAACUGUUUUCACUUGUAUUUGUCAUGAUGAGUCUUUCUACCAAUUUUGCAAAGGUGGCUGUGUAUUGCAACAGUUUUUACUGUAAAUAACAGAAAUUUGUACAAUGUUGUCCUCUUUGAGCUUUUUGUAAUCAAUGACCAAAUGCAGAUUUCUGUCACAUAAAAUAAUACAAAUACUGCUAAUCCAAAAAUGUGUUCAAUUAAAAUGUAACUGUCCUGUGUUUAUGUGCAAAGAACAGGUCCAGUCAGUGUCUUAUUCUUAUUCUCAUGGUUGCUUUGUUUUGAUUUUCAUAUAAAACAGUACUUUUCUAUGUCAAACUCUGAUUGUAAAUAGAACACUUCAUCAGCAUUUCAAUGCAAACUUGCAUCGGCACUGAAAAGCAAAAACUGGUCUCCUAUUGCAAAAACACAGUGCGACUCUGAAUAUGUGGGGUAAAUAUAUCAACAAUGUGCUGUUUCUUUAGUUGUUAGCUGAUGAAUAAAAGAUAUGCAUUCAUUUGGUA